AUGUCAGCUGUGACCCCGAUCCAGCUCUCUCCAGAUCACUUGGGAAUUGUUCGCGCUCCAGUAGACAUCCCGGCUGAGUCGUUAGAAGCGUGUAACAAGCUUCUUCAGAAAAACCAUGAGGUCUACCACAUGUUUUUCCGUGACACUGCUGGUCACAAUCACAUCGUUCACAGUCUUUUGACGGUUCUUGCAUUGGGAGCCACUCCUCGAGAACUACAAGAUCGCUACGAUGACGGGACUCCCAUCCAGCGACCAAUCCCCGAAAUUGACAACGCAUUGCUCGAGAGAUUAUCGGAUGAUGAAGUUCUUUUCAACACCAUUGGCGAAAUUACCCAGUACCACACAUUCUUAGAAUUCUUCAAGCGCGAAAUUGCCGCCAAUGGGUGGAAAGAAAUCACCCAAAAGUACGUCUUUGCACGAAACAAACUUGCGGACAAAAUGCUUGCUCGUAUGUACGAGGGCGCCUACCACCCAAUUAUCCACCUCGGUCUGGGUAUAGAAUUUCAGUCUGAAGCUAUCGUCGCUGAGGCUCUCGCUCAAGCUGCUGCUCACGACGAUGCUAACAUUGGUAAAUUGUUUUUGAAUGCGGAACAGGAAGCCACUAUCGUGUACCCAACAGCCAAGCCCAGAACUAUGAUUCAAUUAGUCGACGAUAUCCGUAACAACGACGCAAUCCGCACUGCUCCUCAAUGGACCGACUUCGGCUUCAAGAUGCGUGACGGUAUUGUCGGUCGUGCUUGCGAAGAAAUGCAGACCGUUGCUGCCCAGUUCCGCAUUAAGCCCACUGAAGAAGACCUUGAACGACGAACAGCAGAGAUGAUCAGCACGGUCGCCUACUUCUCAGGUGCAGCACAACGUGAGGGUCGGAAGCGGAAGAUUGACUUCUUUUAUAUGCACUGCGUCACCAGCAGUAUCUUCUUCACCGUCUUGAUACGCCAGAAAUGGAUCAAGCUGGAAGACCGUAUCCGUCUUGUCGAAUGGAAAGCACGACUUGACUUGGCGUGGUAUGCGGUUUCCGGGUCAGCACCACUCGAUCCGAAGGCCAUCACUGAGUACUCCAACCCGGAGAGCGAUAACCUCGGUUGGGCCGACUUAUUCAGCGCCGUCAACAAGGAACACGAUGACGGUCACGCUGCCAAAUACAUUCGAGCCCUCAAAAAUGGCGAAGAAGUCUCCAAGCAGUACGAGAAAGGUGAAUGGGAGGCAUACUUCCCCAUGAAGGGCGAUAUGUGGUUAAAGCUGGCCAGAAUGUGCCAGGACACCACGAAGAAUCUUCCCACUGAUCUUAAGUGGGUGCCAUUCACUGGCUUUGAGCAACCCUGGAAGAGACCUGAUUUGGCAAACUAA